UGCGCAGUCUGCAGCAGCGCUCAGUGAGAACUAUCCUGACGGCAGGAUAAACCCCAAAACUAGUGAAGUGUUCCGUUUAGGUCAUAUCAGCACAAAUAACGCGAGUGAUAAACAAUUCGAAAAUACGCCCAAUCAAAAAACAAUUACCAAUUAAAAAAGUGCCAGACUUGCCGCUUUCCACUUGCCACUGCCGCUUUUGUGGGCGUCGGGAAACUGUUUCGGAGUCGAAUCUGAUUGGAGACGAAAGAGCACUGAAGGAGCGAAACAGAAAGCUGUUGUGACAUUUUUUUGGCAAAGCAAAACGCAAUGGCGCCAAAGAUGCCACCAUUUUCGCAGCUCGACAAAAUGGCGACAAGGACAUCCAGUUGGGUCUGCCGCCUGCUGCUCGUCAGCCUCUGCAUUGGCGCCGCUGCCGCACGAGACAUUCCAUCUUCAUCAAUCCGUGCGAACUCGCUGACUGAAAACGUGGACGUGGCCUUCUACUGUCCGGGCGAGGGACUGUUUGCCGACGACUAUGACUGUCGCAUCUACUACCGCUGUGAGCAGCGCUCGGAACAGUAUAUCCGCCCGUAUAUGUUGGCCUGUAAGGAGAACACGGUCUUCUCGCGCACCCUUCGCAUGUGCCUGCCUCCAUCGAUGGCCGGGAGGGACGAGUGCGUGGACCAAAUGAAUGAAAUUGACGGGAGCAUGGGGGGUCUGGGUGACGGCUCUGAUGGGUAUGAUGGACUCGUCACUGAUGGCCAGCAUGAUGACCAUAAUGCGCUGCUUAACGCUGCCGUCACACCAGCCGCCAAUGAGCUGCGCACCUAUGCGACGGCAAAUCAGUUGCCCACAAAUUAUGGCCUGACAGGACUCAAUGGUGUAUCGGUCAUAUCCUUCUCGAGUUCCAGCUCAUCAUCUUUACGCGCCGCGCUAUCGGGGGAGGAGGGUGCCGAUGAGGUGGUGUGUCGGGAUGAUGGAUUUAUGAGUGAUCCCAGUGACUGCACCGUGUUUUAUCGCUGCAUCUCGAAUGGCAGGGGCUAUAAUAAAAUCGGUUUUCGCUGCUCGGACGGCACAGCCUGGGACGAGUCGCUGCAGUCGUGCAACCACAUGUUUGAUGUACGUGCUAAUGGCGGGUGCCGCAAUCAGGCCCAGACUGAGCCCCAGAACGAUGGCUAUUAUGCAGGCCAAACAUCAACACAGUCAUCACAGUCCAGCAGCCACCAGAACUCCACGUCGUCCAGCACCCAGCAGUCCAGCUCAUCGACAUCCUCCAGCUCCUCCUCCUCCUCGCAAAAUUCAUCCACAUCAAGCUCUAGCACAAGCUCCAACCAGGAGUCGUCCACUUCGAGCAGCAAUCAGCAAUCCUCGAAUCAAAGCUCAGGAAACAACCAAUCCAACGAAAGCUCUAGCAACAAUCAGAACCAAAGCUCAGGCGGUAGUCAAACUAGCCAAAGCUCAGGAAAUAACAGCAAUGAAAGCUCGAACAAUACUCAAAGUUCUGGCAGCAAUCAAAGCUCAAACAAUAAUCAAAGCUCUGGUUCUCAAUCCUCCAACAAUAAUCAAAGUUCUGGUUCUCAAUCCUCCAGCAAUAAUCAAAGUUCUGGCAGUAAUCAAGGCUCCUCCAGUGGCUCCAACAGCACAUCCAACAAACCUGAAACAACUGAAUGUGAGAAUGAAAUGACCUACAUACCGGACAAAAAGGAUUGCGCCAAGUUCUACAGAUGUCGCCUAGAUGUUGAUAACAAACUGGAGCAGGUGCCAUUCACAUGCGGACCCGGAACUGUGUGGAACCAAAAGGACAAAGUCUGCGAUCUGCCCACGGAAGACCAAAAGAAGGAAUGUAAUAUACAAUCGGGAUCUAGCAGUGGCCAACAAUCAAGUGGCAGCAAUCAAGGUUCCUCAUCGAGCGGCAAUCAAUCGGCGGCCAAUUCCAGCUCCUCCUCCAACUCCAACUCUAGCAAUAAUAAUCAAUCAGGCAGCAGUCAGGAGAGCACCACCACGUCGGGCAGCAGUCAGCAAUCUUCCAGCAAUCAGGGCUCAUCUAGCAAUCAAUCUGGCAAUCAAGGUUCGUCCAGCAAUCAAGGUUCAUCUAGCAAUCAAGGUUCAUCCAGUAACCAAGGCUCCUCGAGCAACCAAGGUUCUUCCAGCAACCAAGGCUCAUCCAACAAUCAAGGCUCAUCAAACAAUCAAGGUUCAUCCAGUAACCAAGGCUCAUCUAGCAACCAAGGCUCAUCUAGCAACCAAGGUUCAUCCAGUAACCAAGGUUCAUCCAGUAACCAAGGUUCAUCUAGCAACCAAGGCUCAUCCAGUAACCAAGGUUCAUCCAGCAACCAAGGCUCAUCCGGCAAUCAGGAAUCAUCAACCUCGUCAACCUCUAACAAUCAGCAGAGCUCGACAUCGUCUUCGAACCAAGGAUCGUCAUCAUCAAACCAAGGAUCUUCGUCAUCUUCAAACCAGAGCUCUUCUUCAUCCACAGAAUCCAGCACUCAGGGAUCAUCCUCUAAUCAGAGCUCUUCAGAGUCAUCCUCGUCUAACCAAGGCGCUUCCUCAUCCAACCAAGGAAAUUCAUCAACAACAACUCAGAAACCUUUCAAACCCGCAGAAAAGUGCGAAAGUGAGGAAACUUUCCUUGCGGACAAAGAAAAUUGUGCGAAAUUCUAUCGGUGCGUGGACAAUGGCAAGGGAGGAUUCACAAUGGUUUCGUUCACCUGUCCGCCCAACACACUCUGGGACCCAGAGGCCAACAGCUGCAACCAUCCCGAUCAAAUUCAAAGCCAGCCGUUGAAAUGCAAAAAAGUCACAUCCUCCUCCUCAUCAUCCAACAGUACAAGUUCUUCCUCCUCUUCAACAACUGGAGGGGGUUCGUCGUCCAACCAAGGCUCGUCCUCUAACACUGGCUCCUCUUCCAACCAGGGAUCAUCCUCAAACAGUGGUUCCUCGUCCAACCAGGGAUCAUCAUCAAACAGUGGUUCCUCAUCGAACCAGGGAUCAUCCUCUAACACUGGUUCCUCGUCCAACCAGGGAUCAUCCUCAAACAGUGGCUCCACGUCCAACCAGGGAUCGUCAUCAACCUCUUCAUCCACCAGCAAUAAUAACAAUACGCAGGGCUCAUCUUCAUCUUCAUCGUCCUCAAGUGGUUCUUCAUCUAGUGCGACUACCAGUCCUACCCCAGCAAAUCCCUCAGAGCCAUGCAAGCAAAAUGGACAGUUUAUUGGGGAUAAGACAAACUGUGCCAAGUUCUAUCGGUGUGUAGAUAACGACAGAGGUGGCUUCACCAUGAUUCCCUUCACGUGCGGUCCUGGCACAGUGUGGGAUGCUGACAUACAGAGCUGUAACCAUGCUUGGGCAGUGAAGGGCUGCGGUGGCGCCGCUACGUCUUCGUCGACACAUAAGCCAGGCACAGGUCCGAUUACAAGCUCAACUUCUACAGCCCGACCUUCGACACCACGACCAACAUCAAGCCAAACUGGUACCACAUCGCGUCCUACGACAUCACGUCCUACCACAUCCCGACCUACCACAUCGAGACCCACAUCCCAACCAUCUUCAUCCUCAUCCACCGCUCGACCCACUCCAACAAGUUCCCCCAACACCGAUGGACAGUGCAGAGCCGAAGGAUUCAUGGCCGAUCCCAACAACUGUUCCAAGUUCUACCGCUGUGUCAGCAAUGGCAAAGGUGGCUUCACCCAGAUUCCAUUCCAAUGUGGAGCUGGAACUGUGUGGGACCAGGACCUUCAGACAUGCAACCACAACUUCAACAAUUGCAACACCAGCACCGCCACAGAAGUUCAAGAGAAGCCACCGUGUGAGACGACGACAAACAAUGGAACGACGACUGUAACAUCGACGCCAUCGACGACCACAAUGAGCACAACAACUCCCUCCACGACCAUCACAACAACAGCUCUACCCACCACAACGGAACAGACAACAACGAGUAUGUCCCCGCCCAGCACUACCACAGAAGUGCCCAGCACAACCAUGACAUCAACAACCGGAUCGGGAUCGACUGGCAGCACAGAAAACAGCGAACCUGUCACCACCACGAUGACGCCGUCAACAACCACAAUGAAGCCACUGCCAGCUGGCACGGAAUGUGAGGGCGAGGGUUAUAUGGCUGAUCCCGAGGAUUGCCGAAAGUACUACCGAUGCAUAAGCGCUGGAAACUCCUACAGAAGGUACAACUUCACAUGUCCCAAGGGUACGGGAUGGAACGAAGAUGUCCAGACAUGUGACUACAUGGAGAAUAUUCCGAGGUGCGCGAAUCUGCCAUCGACCACAACGGAGCCACCAACCACCACGACCACGAUCUAUACAUCCACUACACAAUCUGAGACGGAGAGUACGGUGACUGAGAGCGCUAAGGAACCAGAGACCACACCCACAAAGCCAGAAGGUCCCACAACCACUCAAGAGCCCACCACAAAACCGACACCAGAAACAACAACAGCAACUGAUAAACCCACCUCAAAGCCGACACCUGAACCGGAAACAUCAACAGUAACUGAUAAACCCACCUCAAAGCCAACACCUGAACCAGAAACAACAACUAUAAUAGCCGAAAAACCCACCACAAAGCCGACACCUGAACCAGAAACAACAACAAUGGGAGCCGAAAAACCCACCACAAAGCCGACACCAGAACCAAGCACAGAAACAACAAAUGUUCCGACUACAACAACGAGUCCAGGGUAUACACCCACCACAUCCCCAAGCAUCGAUACAACUACCAUGACCCAAGAAACUACCACAACGGACAAUCCAGCAUCAACUACCAAUAUGCCAGAGCCAGCACCGAACUACAACUGCACCGCCGAGGGCUUCUUCGCGGACCCCGAAGACUGCAGCCACUACUACCGCUGCGUGGAUGGCAGCAAAAAUGGCAACUAUCAGGUGUACAGCUUCAAGUGCCCCAAGGGCACAGUGUGGGAUACGUCCGCAGAGACGUGCAACUACGCGGAUCAGGUAUCGGGAAAUUGCUCCAGCUCUACAACAGGAUCCCCCACAACUACUGGCAGACCGACUGAAACAACAGAAAACCCUGGAGAGACCACGGAAACGAGCACUGCACGACCCACCGAGCCAACGACACAAACUCCAAGGCCAGAAACCACAACGUCCAGCACCCCGGUGGACACAACAACAACUGAUGCUCCCAUUGAUACCACAACAACUUCAUCUGCGCCACCAACCAGUUCGAAUGGCACUGAGCCAUGCCCGUCCACAGGGCCGGGACAGGACGUGUACGUUUGCCCCACCGGCUUCCGACGCCAUCCGCAGAACUGCGGCAUGUUCUAUCAGUGCAGCGAGAACGCGGACAGCAACGACCUAAACAUUGUUGUGUUCCAGUGCCCCAAUGGCACAGUGUACCAGGACAAGUCAUGCAGCUGCGGCAAACCUGAGGCGGGAGACACGUGCAGCAAGGGUCAGAAGAGAACUCACCCUAACCUAUUUGAAGAUCAAACGCGUCGCCAAAAUAUGGUGCAAAUCAGCUCCACAUCUCCACUUUGUCCCGACGUGGGACACUUUGCCCUGAACGAGGAUGAGUGCAGUCAGCUGUUCGUCAAGUGCGGCUACUCUGAGCAGACGGGCCGCAUCGAAGGCCAAAUUUACCGCUGCCCGCAGGGCUUUGCCUACUGGAAUGUGAGUCGCCGCUGCGAGCCAGCCAGGAAGCUGAUGAAUUGCACGCCCACCACGUACAAUGUGGCCGGCAACGUGCCGCUGGAGUGGCUUAACAUUGGCAAUCGUCGCCGCAGUCUCCGUAUUUAAGUAGCACUAGUUUAGUUUUUC